CUGAACAGCUAAAGCCAUCGCUUUUGUAUAGCAGUAGCAGCCAGGAACUUCCCUACCUAUCUAUAUAUAGUACACCGAUUUCUAUUUCAGACAUAAACUUUCUUAAAUGGCUACUCUUUCAAUAACCCAGAUUUCCUUGUCCCUUUCACUCAUUACAUUGACAGCUUUCUUCUUUACUCCUUCAACUGCCCAAACUAAAUGCAACAUUAAUUCAGUGUACCAACUCGGCGAUUCUCUCGCCGACGCCGGUAAUGUCAUCCGUACACCCGGCGCCUCCAUCAUUUUCCGUGCCGACCGCUCUCCUUACGGCUCUACUUUCUUCAACAGACCCACUGGCCGUUUCUCAAACGGCCGUGUCAUUAUCGACUUUAUUACCAAAUCUUUCAAACUCCCUUUCCUCAAUGCUUACUUGGACAGGGGUGCUGCUUUCACACAAGGCGUUAAUUUCGCCGUCGCUGGUGGUACAGCCCUCAACACUUCCUUCUGGACUGCCCGAAACAUUCGGUUGCCCACUUGGAACACCCCGCUCGCAAACCAAUUAGGUUGGUUCAAAACUCAUCUUCAGUCCACCUGUGGCUCCAGAUGUGCAGACUCUCAAAAACUCUCUGAUAGUAAUGGGGGAAUGGGGCGGAAAUGAUUACUACAAUGGUUUUUUCCAGAACAAACAGAUCCCAGAAGUUAGGACAUACGUUCCUAACGUUGUCGCGGGGAUUAUGAGAGGCAUCAAAGAUGUGAUUCAGCUCGGAGCCACGCGCUUUUUGGUUCCAGGAAUUUACCCACUCGGGUGCUUGCCGCUUUAUCUAACAUCAUUUCCUGACAAUAAUACAGGCGCAUACGACCAAAUGGGUUGCUUGAGGAACUACAAUGACUUCGCUUCGUAUCAUAAUAGAUACGUGAGCAGGGCUAUCGCGAAUCUGCAGCGAGAAUUCCCGAAUGUUAGCAUUGUGUACGGGGAUUUCUAUGGUUCCCUUUUGACAGUUAUGCGCAGUGCUUCUUCCUUUGGAUUUGACCAGAACACGUUGCUUAGUGCGUGUUGUGGAACUGGAGGGCGGUAUAACUUUAACUUUAGGUCCGUGUGUGGAGCUGCUGGGAUCAAUGUUUGUUCGAAUCCGGCUAGAUACGUGCACUGGGAUGGAAUUCAUUUGACAGACGAAGCUCAUCGUCGUAUGACAGACAUUCUUGUCAACGACAUGUUGUCCAAAUUCAGGUGUGCUGUUUAGGCAACUAACUAGGUUGAAGAUUAUUAAUAUGUAUCCAAGAUUGGAUAUCGUUGUGUGUUUUAAUUAGGGUCAAAUGUAUCUUUUUGUUUGAUGAGUGGAGCUAGAGGUUUUGAUCACGUGCUCUCUGUGAGGUGUGACUAUUCAAGCGUCCAAAAGUUCUCGUUUCUUGCUAAAUGAUGAAAAAUUACUUUACCAAGUUCAGUUGA